CAGCAAGUGCGCGUACAGAAUAAACGGAGACGGAUCGCAGCAAGCCGAGGGCGCAGCAGCGACCAGGACCGACCCGCCCGCGCCAUGCGCUCGCUCACUGGCCCGAGGGCGUUUGUGGUGCCCGGCUGCCCGCUGGUACUUCUGUGCCUUCUAGUGGCGACGUGCCCGCAUCGGGCAGAAGGCGAUCCCGCAGAUUCAUCUUUUACAAGUCUACCUGUUCGAGAAGAAAUGAUGGCAAAAUACUCAAACCUUUCCUUGGAGAGCCAUAAUAUAUCACUGACAGACAAGUCCAGUUCAGCUGUAGAAAAAAACAUUACUUUGGAAAAGCCUUCUGACCUGGAGCUCUUAUGCCAGUUCACACCAUCUGGGGAUUUGAACUCAGUGAAUGUGACUUGGAAAAAGGAUGACGAACUUCUUGAGAAUAUUGAUGUUUUCAAUACAACCAAAGUGGGAAACACCUUGUACAGUCAGUACAGGUUCAUCAUUUUUAAUAGCAAGCAAAUGGGAAAUUAUUCUUGUUUCUUUGAUGGAGAAAAGAAGCUCAGAGGAACAUUUAAUAUCAAAGUACCCGGCGUUCGCGGGAAGAACAAGCCGUUGAUCACUUACGUGGGGGAUUCUACCGUCCUGAAGUGUGAAUGCCACGACGGUGUUCCUUUAAAUUGGACUUGGUACACGAGUAAUGGAAGUGUACAGGUUCCUAUUGAUGUUCACAAGAAUGAUAAGUAUGUUAUAAAUGGGUCCUAUGCUAAUGAGACACGACUCAAGGUAAAGCAUCUUUUGGAGGAAGAUAGAGGCUCCUACUGGUGCCGGGCAGCCUUCCAGUUAGGUGAGAGCGAAGAACACAUUGAGCUGGUUGUGCUGAGCUUCAUGGUGCCCCUCAAGCCGUUUCUCGCAAUAAUUGCCGAAGUUAUUCUCCUAGUGGCUAUCAUUCUGCUGUGUGAAGUGUACACACAGAAAAAAAAGAAUGACCCAGAUGAUGGGAAAGAAUUUGAACAAAUUGAACAGUUGAAAUCAGAUGAUAGCAACGGUAUAGAAAACAAUGCCCCCAGGCUCAGAAAAAAUGAGUCGGUGGAACAGUGAGCCAAGAGUAUUCCGCCUUGAGAAGACAUACAAAGAGUUUGUACUCCUGCUUCCUCUCAAGCACGUGUGUAUUUUAGAUCUUUAGAAGACAGAAAACUUCCUCAGCACCCACAGCGGUAGCUUUAUAAACAGUAUAGGCCAUCUCCUACCUAAAGAUGCGUUUUCAUUUUGUAAAUUGCUUUUCAUUAAAACAAGGUGAAUUGUU